AUGAGUGUCAAAACUGUGAAGCAAUCACCAUCUCUAGCAAACAAUGGUUCUUCGAACCCCAAGAAUUUCAAAGACCUCGAAAAUGGAUCUCACGAGCUGCAGCCCAUAGGCACAACAACAUCCACCCAUCGAGCAACCUCGGCGAUCGAGGACCAGUCCUCACGGCUACCAUUCAAGCGCUUGAUCUCGGCCUAUCUUUGCCUAGCAGCUAUAUACUUCAUUUCCACUCUUGACAUUAAUUCCGUGGCGACAGCAUUGCCUGCAAUCUCCCGAUCGCUCGACGCCGGUAACAGCAUCACCUGGACUGGUACUGCCUAUUUAAUGGGCCAGACAGCCUUCCAGGCACUAUAUGGGCGUCUAUCUGAUAUCUUCGGUCGCAAACCGGUGCUAUUACUUUCCGUGGGAUUUUUAGUCCUGGGCGAUGUUCUGUGUGGCUUUGCAAAGAAUGUAACCUGGCUCUAUGUUUGCCGGGCCAUCAGUGGCAUAGGUGGAGGAGGCAUUAGCUCUCUGGUACAGAUUACAGUGAGCGACCUGGUCAGUCUGAAAGACCGCGGCAAAUACCAGGGGAUGCUGAGUGCAGCCAUUGGCCUCGGGGCCAGUACUGGCCCUUUCAUCGCAGCAGGAAUGAUAAGUACUAACGACGGUGAAGGCUGGCGCUGGAUUUUUUGGAUCCCUCCAAUUCUCGCGGCCACCUGUAUGGCUGUGAUGUGGAUAUGCCUCCCUUUGAAACCUGUGACGGGUAGCUGGGCAGAAAAGAUGAAGAAGAUAGAUUGGCUUGGACUAUUGACGGCUAUUGCGGGUGUGCUUUUUCUCCUGAUACCGAUAAACUCUGGAGGGAGUAUAUGGCCGUGGCAUAGUGCACUCGUAAUCUCCAUGCUGGUUGUGGGAGGCUUCUUUUUCAUUCUGUUCGCCGUGAUUGAGAAGCGGGUCGCGAAAAUUCCUAUGAUCCCUCUUCGCUUAUUUGCCGAGAUUCCUACAGCUGUGAUCUAUUUCCAAAGUGCACUCUACAAUGCUGUCUGGCAAGUGGAUAUGUAUUUUCUGCCUAUCUAUUUCCAGGAUGUCCGAGGCUAUAGCCCUCUUCGCAGUGCGGCGCUCAUUCUACCCCUUCUUCUCAUGCAAAGCGUGGCUGGAGUGAUCUCCGGCCCCCUUAUGACAAAAUUGGCUCGAUAUGGGCCAGUUCUAUACUCUGGAAUGGCACUUUGGACAUUAGGUGCCGGCUUAAAGCUUCUGUUCAACCAGACAACUUCAAUUGGCACGUAUGUCAUUGUGUUGAUUAUUGAAGGAGCCGGCAUUGGAUUUGUUCUUCAGCCUGCACUUGUUGCCCUGCAGGCUCUAUCAAAGUCCGAGGACCGUGCGGUAGCUACAUCAACACGCAACCUAAUGCGUAUGCUUGGGUCCGUGGUGGGAAUGGCGUUAUCCACUGCAAUCGAGAAUGCGGUCAUGAAAUCAGCACUACCAAGCGGUUUGCCUCAAUCCAUAAGUACACAGGUGAUCGGCGGCAGCUGGGAGCGGGGUCAACCCGAAUCUGAACGGUGGGAUCCAGCCAUCCUAGAUGCCAAAAUGAAGGGCAUUCGGGCCGUGUUUAUCAUGCUAGUACCAUUGGUGGGUGUUUGUUUGCUGGGAUGUUGGCUUAUUCCUAGCAAGGAAUUACCAGGCGACGCUAAGCGGAGUGAUAUCCCAAGUCCAGGACCAGAGAGAGCUACCGCCUGA